AUGGAUAAUGUUAGCGGGCGAGUGUCGCCAGCGGAGAGUGUAGUGGAUACUGGUAGUGAGAAAUGUUCUCUCUGUAUACGCUGGUUUUAUAUACGUUCAGCGCGCGGGGGGCUGCACUUGGUAGCUGAUGGCCACAUUUUUUAUGAAGACGGUGGUUCACACCCACGUCGAGUAACCUGGAGAUGUGCCAGGUCAUACCAGAAGGCUGAGAGGUGCCAAGUAGCGUUGUGUCUGAGAGACGGACGACUGGUUUAUUUCCGAGGGGCGCACAAUCAUCCCGCGACUUAUAACCCAGCUAAACACGAGUCUAGGAGGUUCGAGGUGGAUCCUAUGGGAAAGUAUAAGAUAGUUGAGAGCUGUGCCCCAAGGACAGUGGUCGCUGCUCCUGCCCAGCCCCUGCCUCCACCACCUCAUGCGGCCAUCCUCCUCUAG